AUGACAGAGCCAUCUUCAGGCUGGUGGAAGUUCACGUUCCUGAGGAGAAAAAAAUCCCAACCCAAGGUUCUGUAUGAAAUCCCUGCAGAUGUUGUUUCCAAUGCCACUAGUGGCCAGCAUGGGUCGGGGGCUGCAACCGGAGCCGUCGCCCAUGCAGAGGUAACCAUGCACGACUCCCAGCUGGACGCUCGGUUGGAGAGGAUCGUGGAUAAAACAACGGCCAGCAAGGGGCGCCAUGUCAAGGUGUCCCACUCUGGAAGGUUUAAGGAAAAGAAGAAAAUGCGAGCCACGCUCUCAGAGAGCCCAGAGAUGUUUCCAGGAGGUCCAGAGGGCUGA